UUUAUUUUUUUUUAUUUUUUUGAAAAAACACAGCAAGCAAACAUGCUGCUCAAAUACUUGAUGGGAAGGCGAUUGCAGAGGAAAUAAGAUCAGGCAUAGCCCUUGAAGUGAAGAGGAUGAAGGAGUCGAUUGGGCAGGUACCUGGAUUGGCUGUCAUAUUGGUGGGUCAGCAAAGAGACUCGCUAACCUAUGUCCGUAACAAAAAAAUAGGGAGUGAAGAGGUUGGCAUUACGUUUUUGAUGACAAUGCUUCCUGACAAUUGUACAGAAAAUGAAGUUUGCAAUGCCUUGCAAAGUUAUAACGAGAAUCCAUCAGUUCAUGGUAUUAUUUUGCAGCUUCCCUUGCCACAGCACUUAGACGAGGGAAAAAUACUGGGUUUGCUAACCUUGGAGAAAGAUGUUGAUGGAUUCCAUCCUGUAAACAUUGGGAAUUUGGCCAUGCUAGGAAGGGAGCCUUUGUUCAUUCCUUGUACCCCACAGGGUUGCAUUGAGUUGCUGAUCCGUUCAGGCAUUGAUAUAAAAGGGAAGAAGGCUGUGGUGGUUGGAAGGAGCAACAUUGUUGGAUUACCAACAUCCUUGCUGCUGCAGAGGCACCAUGCUACCGUGACAAUUAUUCAUGCAUAUACGAAAAACCCAGAUAGAAUUGCUCGUGAAGCUGAUAUUUUAAUUACAGCUGCUGGAGUGCCCAAUUUGGUGUGCAAGAAUUGGUUAAAACCUGGUGCAAUAGUCAUUGACGUUGGCACUACCCCGGUUGAGGAUCCCGAGUGUGAACAUGGUUAUCGGCUCAUUGGAGACGUUUGUUUUGAGGAAGCAUCAAAGGUAGCUUCUGCAAUUACGCCUGUGCCUGGAGGAGUUGGACCAAUGACUGUUGCUAUGUUGCUUCAUAACACUUUUGAAUCUGCUAAGCGCGCAUUUAAAUUUACUUAGAGAUAAUUACUCAUAUCUUUUUAUUGAUAUGUACAUGUAGACAUAGGCUUCCAAGUCUAUAUGUGGGUGAUACUCCCAAAAUUUUUGUAGUUUGAUAUGGAAUGGGACUUAAUUUAUGAAGUUUGGAAA